UUUGUGUCUCUGUAUUCAUGCAGUAAAAUGGCGGAAGCCAGAAUUUCUCAGGAUGAGUUAACGUGUGCAGUGUGUCUGGAUCUCCUGAAGGAUCCAGUGGUCAUUCCCUGUGGACACAGUUACUGUAAGAGCUGUAUUACAGACUUCUGGAAUCAGGAGGAUCAGAUGAGAGUCUACAGCUGCCCUCAGUGCAGGCAGACCUUCAGUCCAAGACCUGCUUUAGCUAGAAACACCAUGCUGGCUGAAGUGGUAGAGAAACUGAAGAAGACCAAACUUCCUGCUGACCGUUACGCUGGAGCUGGAGAUGUGCAGUGUGACGUCUGUACUGGAAGAAAAUACAAAGCAGUCAAGUCCUGUCUGAUGUGUCUGGAAUCUUACUGUCAAAAUCAUUUUGAGCGUCAUGAGGAGUUUCAUUCACGUAAGCCACACAAAGUGACUGAUGCCACUGGACGACUGCAGGAGAUGAUCUGCCAGAAACAUGAGAGGCUCCUUGAGGUUUUCUGUCGCACUGACCAGAAAUGUAUAUGUGUGCUUUGUACAAUGGAUGAGCAUAGAAACCACGACACUGUAUCAGCUGCAGCACAGAGGACAGAGAAACAGAUGCAGCUGAAGGAGACGCAGAAGAUGUUCCAGCAGAGAGUCCAGCAGAAAGAGAAAGAUCUUCAGUGGCUGAGAGAGACUGUGGAGUCUCUUAAGCGCUCUGCACAGACAGCAGUGGAGGACAUUGAGAGGACCUUUGCUGAGCUCAUCCGCUCCAUUGAGAGAAGCUGCUCUGAGCUGAUACGGUUGAUCAGAGAUCAGGAAAAGCCUACAGUAAGUCGAGCUGAACGACAGCUGGAGACACUGGAGAAGGAGAUCAUCGAUCUGAGGAAGAGAGAUGCUGAGCUGGAACAGCUUUCACAAACGAAGGAUCACAUCCAGUUUCUGCAGAGUUUCCAGUCUUUCUCAUCGUCUAAAUCUACAAACAUAAAUGGCGAUCCCUUAAUUUCUCUCGUCUCUUUUGAUGGCCUGAGAGAAUCUGUCCAUCAGCUGAGAAACAAACUGGAGAAUUUCUGCAAAGAGGAGCUCAAGAAGGUUUCAGACAGAGUUACAUUCACCAAGAUUGUUCUCUGGACCAGAAACGACUUCCUACAAUAUUCCCAUCAGCUCACUCUGGAUCCGAACACAGCAUUUAAACACUUCAGUCUAUCUGAGAACAACAGAAGGGUUACUGCCACUGACACAGUCCAGCCAUAUCCUGAUCAUACAGACAGAUUUGAUCAUUGGCCUCAAGUGUUGUGUAGAGAGAGUGUGUGUGGACGCUGUUACUGGGAGGUGGAGUGGAGUGGCGUUGCUGUGUCUAUAGCAGUGUCAUAUAAUAGCAUUAACAGGAAGGGAGGGGAUUUUAAGUAUUUGCUUGGACGUAAUGCUCAGUCCUGGUGUUUGUACUUCUCUCCCUCCAGUUGCAUAUUCUUACACAAUAACAUACAGACUAAUCUCCCUGUAAAGCCCAUCAGUAGAAUAGGAGUGUAUGUGGACCACAGUGCAGGAACUUUGUCCUUCUACAGCGUCUCUGACACAAUGAGCCUCAUCCACACGGUCCAGACUACAUUCACUCAGCCACUCUAUCCUGGGUUUUAUAUUCAUGAAUCAUCAGUGAAACUGUGUUGACGAAUCAGCACAGAUUGAUGAGAGAUUCUACUCAUAAUGCUUUGAGCUGCAUGAUGAAUCACUAACAUUUAGAUGUUAUAGAGUCUCUUAUUGACAUUAAUAGACUUGACAUUAAUAGAGUUCACCAAAGUCGAGUCUGAGUCUUUAACCAAUUGAGUCCAAGAUGAGUCCGAGUCCAAAAUGGGCCGAGUCGGACUCAAGUCCGAGUCCCAAAAGGCAGAGUCCGAGUCGAGUCUGAGUCCAAAGAAACACUACUGUUUGUCAGUAUCUUAACAUUGUUUUAACCCAGGGGUGCCCAGACUUGGUCCUGGAGGGCCGGUGUCCUACAGAGUUUAGCUCCAGCCCCAAAUAGACACACCUGAACCAGCUAAUCAAGCUCUUAAUAGGCAUACUAGAAACCACCUGGCAGGCAUGUUGAGGCAAGUUGGAGCUAAACCAAGGACCAGGACCGAGUUUGGGCACCCAUGUUUUUAACCUUUAACUAGAAAAAUGCAAUGUCAAUUGAAAUGUAAGAAAAGCAAACCUCUAGUGGAUCUUUUUGAUUUUUGAUUUCACAACAUCUCAUAAUUAAUGUCCAUGCUCUGCUUAGCAAACUUAAAGUCAUGUAACAGAAGUUAUGGCUGACUUAUGACUUAUUGAGUGAAACAGGUUUUAGAAUGUGGCUCCGUGUGUUUUGGGUUUUAUAUGACUUUAUUUUUCUUGGAUGAAAAUGAG